CUUCUGGAAGUUGUGAAAUUCUCGGAUAUAUAACUGCUAUCGUAGACUUUAUACACCGGACUUCCUUAGCAUCUUUCUUACUGUGGAGGUUAAAAAAAAUUAAUCAAGUCGAUGAAAAUCGUAUGUUGGAUAACGUGAUAAGCAUAAUGUUAUUGUUAACAAGAACUUUGUUCCAAUUCUCACAGGUUUUGUUUCUUCAGCCAAGAACCACCUUAAAUUCUGGUAAAGAAUUCCAAGUUACAUGCAAUUCUGCAUUUUAUGAAAAUCGUAUCGCAGUUUUAGGCUUUAUAAAUACUGACUUUGUUAUCGAAAUAUUUGUUGCUUUUCGAUUUUUUCAAAUUUUAUUAAAAGGGAAAUACUUACAUAGAGAUAAUUCUUUUAAUUCUUUUAUCUUGAAUAACUCGGAUAAGGUCAUUAACGCAGUUCUUUUCUGGUUUAUUAUAUGGGUUAUUUUAGCCGCAUUUUUAGAUAUUGUUAGUAUAUUAGAUACUUUAAACGUGGUAGAACCAAAUAAGUUUAUCUCCAGAACUUUAAAUUUAGUUGUUUGUGUAGCAAUGUCUUGUGUGAUAACUUUAGACAGAGAAAUUAUAAAAGCAUAUUCAAGAUGUGAAAAUUCAAUAUGA